GCAUUGUGGGAGUAUCCCACUGCUGAUGCUGCUGAUUCAGGAGAGAGAAGUGCUUGGUGAAGUGGAGGAUGGUAACAGAGCAGGAGCCCGUCUUAAGGCUGCAUAUUAACAGCGUCGGUACAGGUGGGCAAGGAGAAGCUAACCAAAACAGAUAAAUGGACCGUUUAAAUCGGGGUCGAGCCGGAUUCUCUCAGGCUGGCAGAUCCAGUGCCUAGCAGCAGCAGUGCGGGAAGAAUUGAACAUGAGUGGAGGGGCUGAACAGGCAGACAUUCUGCCAGUGAACUACGUGGUAAAGGAUCGAUGGAAAGUGCUGAAGAAGAUUGGUGGUGGUGGAUUUGGUGAGAUUUAUGAAGCUAUGGAUCUGCUGACUCGGGAGAACGUGGCUUUGAAAGUGGAGUCUGCCCAGCAACCAAAGCAGGUCCUGAAAAUGGAAGUUGCUGUGUUGAAGAAGUUGCAAGGUAAAGACCAUGUUUGCAGAUUUAUUGGGUGCGGCAGGAAUGAGAAGUUCAACUAUGUGGUCAUGCAGCUUCAGGGAAGGAACCUUGCUGAUCUUCGGCGUAGUCAGCCAAGAGGGACGUUUGCUUUGAGCACAACACUUCGAUUGGGCAAGCAAAUUUUGGAGUCUAUUGAAGCCAUUCAUUCUGUGGGGUUCUUACAUCGUGACAUCAAACCUUCCAAUUUUGCUAUGGGUCGCCUGCCGUCAACAUAUCGGAAGUGCUACAUGCUGGAUUUUGGGCUUGCUCGACAGUACACCAACACCAAUGGAGAAGUUCGACCACCACGGAAUGUUGCUGGCUUUAGAGGGACUGUUCGCUAUGCUUCUGUGAAUGCACACAAGAACAGAGAAAUGGGUCGCCAUGAUGAUCUGUGGUCUCUGUUCUAUAUGCUGGUUGAAUUUGCAGUUGGGCAGCUUCCUUGGCGCAAAAUCAAAGACAAGGAACAAGUUGGUAUGAUUAAAGAGAAGUAUGACCACAGACUGCUGCUAAAACACAUGCCUUCAGAAUUUCAUAUUUUUCUAGAUCACAUUUCCAGUUUGGACUAUUUUACUAAGCCAGAUUAUCAGCUUAUAAUGUCUGUCUUUGAAGACAGUAUGAGGGAACGGGGCAUCACUGAAAAUGAAGCUUAUGACUGGGAGAAAGGAGGGAUUGAUACAUUACUGUCAACCAGCACUUCCACCCCACCCCAGCAGAACACACGGCAAACAGCAGCCAUGUUUGGAGUUGUCAAUGUUACCCCAGUUCCUGGUGACAUGCUUCGUGAGAACACUGAUGAUGUCCUACAGGAUGAACAUCUAAGUGACCAGGAGAAUGCACCCCCUGUCAUACCAGGACGUCAACCUGAAGGUCAAGUUCCAAACAUCAGUUUCAAUAAUGAGGCUGAAGUCUGGGAGACAGAUUUCAAUCGUAAUAAGCUCAGGAUCAGUAUCAGCAAAUCUCAAAUUAUGCUAGAAGAAGAGCACAGCAGAGGAGCAUGUCCAACUUCACCUGUAAGGAUACCUCCAGAAUCUCCUAGCACUCAGGUCCGAUCCCUCAGAUACCGUAGGGUAAACAGCCCAGAAUCAGAUCAGCUAUCUGGAGAGGAUGGCAGGGUUGAUAUACACGAUAAGAGAUCUCGGGUGGAUCUGCUUGGCUCUCCAUCAAGACUUCUUUACUCCUCUCAGCCAGCCCAGAUGCUCUCUGUUGAUACAGCUCAGUGUGAUCGCCAGGCAAGUGGCAGGAUGGAGGUUUCUGCCUCUGUGGAGCAAGAAGCACUCAGCAAUGCUUUUAAAUCUGUGCCUCUAGCUGAAGAAGAAGAUUUUGAUAGCAAAGAAUGGGUUAUUAUUGAUAAAGAAACAGAACUCAAGGACUUUCAUCCUGGUGCAGAACCCAGUACCUCAGGAACCACUGAUGAGGAGCCAGAGGAACUGCGUCCCAUUGAAGAAACCGAAGAAAGGAGGCGAGCGAUGGCUGAAGCUGCAGUGAGGCCAAAAACAUAUGAAGGGAGAACCAGGGUAAUGCAAGUUGUUAUAGAGGAGGACACAUCUCGUCGAAGCAGGGGACAGUGUUUAUCUUCAUCUGAAAGUAAACAUGAACUUCAACCAGGAAGUCCCACACAGUCACCCUCACACUCGGCACCAAUUACACGGCAGCGGAGGCGAGAAUCAGAUCCUACAGGUCCCCAAAGACAGGUGCUUGUUCCUAAACCCUUUGAUGUGAACACUUUGACAGCAGUGAUGCCUUUCAGUUUGCCUUAUCAAGAUUACAGAAGGGAGUCUUUAGUGGCAAAGGAGACCCCAGGAACACUAGAUUUUAUACCACAGCGAACAAAGCGAGUAGAUUUUUCAAAUAUUGUUUUCACUGCUCCUUGCAUCCCAACUCCCCAUCACCUGGCACUGAAUGGAGUCUGUCUGAAGGAAAAUGAGGAUGAAGAGGAAGAAGAAGAUGAAGAAGAUGAAGAAGAAGAAGAAGAAGAAGAUCAGUCACAAGAAAAUGAGGCUGAUGAACAGAGUGAGUCCAGCAGUGAGGUAAGCCAGAAAAGUACUGAGCAAAGCCAGGAAGGUGCUCCCUCCACCCUUCUUGCUGAUGACCAAAAGGAAUCAAAGGGCCGCGCAUCGACAGUCGAUGGUGACUUAGAAUUAGAAGAAGCCUCUAAGACACUUGUACUGUUUUCCCCAGGUGAUGUAAAAAAAUCUCCACUAGCAACAGAAUUUGGUCCAGAUGUUGAUCUUGGAACAGUAGCAGCAUUAACCCCUCAGAAUGAGAGGCUGCAUCCAAUGGGCAGUCAACUGGAUGUUUCAGAACCUGGAACUUUGUCCUCUGUCCUCAAAUCAGAGCCAAAGCCUCUUCUUGUAGUUACAGCCUCAUCUACACCUUUCACCAAAGUUGAGCGAACAUUUGUGCAUAUUGCUGAAAAAACACAUUUAAAUGUUAUGUCUUCCAGUGGUAAUCUGAUGAGGCAUGAGGACACUGAACAUAUUGGACCUUCUGUUGAACCAGUGGUGGAGGAAGAGCUUGAAGAGCAAGAGAUCAUCAGAGAUAACGGUGUAAACAGUCCUGUAGCAGCUGAAGAUCAAAUCCUAACUUCCACAGAAACACCUGAAGUAGAAAUGGGAAUACCAAAUGGCACCAUUUGUCUUCUAGAAGAUUAUUCUAGUCAAGAUGCUGAAAGUAUACAGCCUUUUGUCUCGAGCACAUCUGAAAAUGUUGUAGAAUCAGCAGAAGAUUUCAAACAAGCAGAUAUGUUGGAGGAACUCAGAAAUGGAUUUGAAGAUGUUCCUAAACGACCUCUAGUGUCUCAUUUCAGGAGUCGUAUUCCAGUAUUGUUUUCUGAAGAGGAGACUGGUUCUGAUCACUUAGCUUCUCUUUCGUUAAGAGAAAGGUUUUACAGAAGAACAAAACAGCCAGAUCUUGCCCGACUUGUCGUGGCAAAAAGACAGGCCCAUUUGCUAAGACUAGCAUCAAGAGCUUCUUCUUCAGCUUCUUCCACUGAUGAAAGGAGGAGGGUUUCAGAAACCUUGUCUGCUGCAGGCUCUGAGGAAGAAACACAUGACUCUGAUGAUACUGGGCCCCCAAGAACAUGUUUGUUGAAAGCUGGCUCCUUAGAAAGGGAGCUAGGUGUGAAAAGCAGAAUCCCACGCCCAGUUACAUCAGUUAAAGCAGGUGUUACAUAUGUAAAACGUGAAAGCACUUCUGUGUCUCCCUUGCCACCACAUCACAGUAACCUGUUAGAAUCUGCAGUGUCGCACAGACCACAGAGGCAAGCAUCUGUGAUGGGCAGUAUCCAAGCUGAUCCAAAGUCAAAACCAACAGUUUCCCAACCACCAAGCUCUGGCAGUCCAACAGUUUGCCAGGGAAGCCCUAGGUUACCCAGUCGUGGACUACCAAGGAGCCCUUUGUUUUCAGUCAGAAGCGUCAGUGCUUCCCCCAGGAGCCAGUCAUUUUCCAGGGCAGAGAGUCCUUCCCCCUCCCGUCAGCGGAAAGCAUCAACGGACAUCAAAAGACAGUCAGUGAUUCUUGUGAGAGAAGAUGCCUUGAAAUCUCAAGCUAGGACAAGAACCAUGGUGCCAGCCACAGACUCUUCACCAGUGCCUGCCACCAGUAAGCAAAGACCACGGCCAAAAUCAUAUCCAAUGGGACAGGCAACCAAAGGAAAACUGACUGUCACAGAGAGCAAAACAGUAGCUGCUAGAUAAUGGGCUUUACUUAAUUAUUUACUACUACAAGAAGAGCCACCUUGCUGCUGGACACUGUAUGUGAUCUCAUGUUCAGGAUUGAAUCUUGUCCUGCAGAAACUACAGCAUCCCGAACUGAAGGGGGUUGUCGUGCAAAUGUCACAGCAUUCUCAAAUUACAGGCAAGGAGCUGGCUGGAUUCAUCUAAGCAAAAGACUUUGUUUGAUCUCCAAAGGGAGAAUGCUGCCAUAAAAGCAUUUUCAUUCACGUAGCACAUCAGACUGCUCUCUGAUUGGGGGUCCAUUUGGGCAUCACUGACAUGAGCUCAGUCAUAAAGACGCUUCUGGGUUACACAUGAUGGGAACCCAAGGAGACAAGAAAACAUAAAUUCAGCUGUUUUUCAUACUAGUGCUGCUGGAAAAUAUGCCUUAUUCUCAGAUAAUCUCAGCUUUUCAUGAAACACGUUUUAUCUGUGUCACCCACUCAAUAUUCAUCUGUUUUUUUUUAAGUGACGAACAAGUCUGUAUGUACUAAAUUGCUUUUAAUUUAUUUAAAAGUAGACUGCAUUCCAUUUCAAAGAAAUACACAGCACUGUAAAUGCUAUUACAUUCACUGAGCAUACACUCCCUCAACACUGUCAUAUGCACUUCAGCAGUCCUCUGCUGUGUAUUUUCUUAUUUUCAGCCCUUAAUAAAAAAACCUUGAAGCACCAGGAAA